AAAUCGCAUGAAUCAUAUAAAUUAUGUCAGAUAGAACUUGUUACAACUACAAGUGCAUAAAUGCACGAUUUAUGCAUAGAUAUGGAGGGGAUUUAGAGAAUUGUGUGCUGUCCAUGUGCGCAUUAGUUAGAAACGGAAUACCUUCCAGUCAACGUAUAGAAGUUUAAGAGCAUAGACAGAUUCCAUUCGGAGAGAUAUUAAAAUUCCAAAGGAAGUAACUGUUGAGGCAAAAAACGGAACUGAACAUGGCAAAACAACAUCACUUUUCGGAAAAAAACAUUUAUCGCGUUCCAUUUUGGACACUGAAAUUGCGUAUGAUGAAUAUGAGGAAGACGAAGAUAUUGUACAAUGGCAAUUACCGAAGAUAAAAGAACUACCAAAGCUUGCAUCACUAUUACGUGAAUGGAGUGUGACACAGGUAUCAGUUGCUGCGCACAUUUUACAUAAAAAUUUUAUUAAAAGGAAGAAUAAUUACAUCGUUCGAUUUAGCCUAAAUUUAUAGAAACUAAAACAAUGACAAAAAAAGCACGCAAAGCAUUAGAGAAGGAGCAAGCGGCUUCUGCUGCCGCUGAAGCUGAACGAAUUAGGCUGCAGAUGAUAAAAAAUAUGCAGGAAGAAAUUCGAUUGGAAAAGUACAAUACGGAGAGACAAGUAUUAUUGGAGGAACGAGAGGCAGCAAUGCGAAACGUUCAAUUAAAAGAGACAUUGUUUAUGCUUCAUGAUUACAAAGAUGCAUUUAUGCAAUAUUUAGCUGCCGCUGAAGAAGAAGAAAAUUGGAUUAGAUAUAUGACUUGCGACGGAUUACCAGACCCUGGAAGUUUAUCCGAAAUGAAUACAUUUAUGUUUUUAUGGUCAAUGGAAGACGAGAAAGUUAAUAUGAACAAAUUUAUUGCGAAAUUCAAUAUUAUCAUUUAUUUAUUGAUGAAACUUAACGAAAUAAUACAAUACUCAUUCACCAGCUCACUAGAUUACAUAAUCGAAUGCAAGAUGAUCAGGCAGCGGUUUCGUGACAAGCUGCAAGAAUGGAUAGAUGCGGCUUGUUACUCUCUUUUACGUCAAAUAGAAAAGGAUAUGAUACGCGAGAGUAUAAAAACGGCGAGAUACGCCAACAUUUCCGAUCAAAUCAGUUGUUGUAUAUGGGCAUUGAUAAAAUUGCCUAUUCCACUUAAACAGGUUACCGAAAAGGAUAGAAAAUCUAUUGAAGUUUAUUUCAAAGAAAUUGAGCUGACUGUUAAAAUGCCCAUAGAUAUUGAUUGCUAUUGUAUGGCGAUUCGAGCAUUAUGGGUAAAGUAUGAUCAUUACUCUGAUUCUGCGACUACAUAUAUCAUGCCAAAACUACCGGAGAAAUACGAGAGCUUGUAUACAAUAGAUUUUUUUACGUACUGUCAAAACGAAUACAAUGAGAAAUUGAAGAUACGUGAAGAACAAGUCGAGGGUCGUCGUCUUCGAUUAGAGGAAAAAAAAGCUAUACUUGAAAAAAUGGAAAAUCCUCCAGCCCCAGUGCCUACAAAGCCUGAAAGGAAAGGAAAACUGCAGAAAAAGCCGGGUAUCCAAGGAGCGAAGCGUCCGGAACCAGAACAGGAACCGGAACAGUUACCGUAUCUACCUACACCAGAUGAAAUCAUUUUACAAAGAGAAAAUGAAACCCGAAAGGAAAUUAGAAAACUGCUGUUUACACGCUGCGAAAAAACAGAGAUUAAUUUGCGAAAAUACAGAAUACUCGGUGGUGCGUUACACAUUGAUCUAGUUUAUCAGCCGCCACAACCCAAAGAUAUGAGAAGAGAAAUUACGCUUACCACUUUGCAAAUUCCUAAAAAAUUGAAAUCUGUACCCUUUUUCAAGCCAUAUAAGGCGCCGCCUCCGGCACCUGAUUCUGAAAGGACACCGGAAGUAAUUGAGGCAGAGAUGAAAGCUUUGGAGGCGGCAAUGGAGGCACUGGCUCUAGUAACUUUAAAGCUUCCUAGCUCUAUUAUUUGGUUCGAACCACCAUUAGUGGCACACUGGAUACCUGAGAAGAAAAUAUGGUCUACGCAGGACGUGCAUGAUAUCAAGUACAACGAGGAGAAGCAAACUAUUAUGUUUAGAACUGGCAGAUUAGGCGUUCACGGUCUCGCUACUUUUAAGUUUAUUAAUAUUCCUUUUCAAAGUUGGGAACUUAAGCCUGAAAUUGGCAGAAACGCACGCGGUGGUAUUGUGCUCAAUGUGACUGCGGCCAUCGUUCAAGCAGAAUUUAUAGUUAGGGAAGACCUGGUUUGCUUAAAUUCACUAGUUGGUGGUACGUCGACAGAACUUAAAAAGAUUAUUGGAGAAUAUAUGAAGUUACAUAUCUUGAUUGAGAAAAUGCGCGACGUCGGAUGUGAUCUAUUUCCAGAGCGAGAUGCCUUUGCUUAUGUGAAAGCUCUUUCGGUAAAGCAUCCGGUAACUGAAAGGCACUUACGAGAAUGCAUGGCAUUACUUUGCACAGCAUAUACCUUCUCCUGGUCGCGCUGGAACGCUAGUCGAAAUUUCAGAGAAAUUGUAAUACAAUUCAAAGAACUCCACGGAUGUGUUGCAAAAGAGCGAACAAAUUUAACUCUUUUGGUAACUCCCUUGCGAACGAUGAUGGUGACAUGUACCGAAGUGAGCUCAGAAUUUUCUAAUGUACCGUUAGAUGGUGAGAAUUCAAAGUUUUAUGCUGAUUUAUAUCACUUGGCACAGCAGAAUGCCGGGAUUAAAAGCCGUAUACUGAUGAAAAAUAUUUCUUUCAAUCUUGUCAAUACCGUUGCAGAACUUCUAGGUCGCACUAGUGUAAUUAACAUGUCAUCGUAAAACAAAUAAAUAUCCUACAGUAAA